AUGGAUGAGCGCUUCCAAAGGAUAGAACAUGACAAGGAGACCCUCAAGACUCAUGUCUUAGGAGAACUAGAUGCUUUCAAAGAAAGCAUGCUCCAAAUCAAAGAGAAGCUUGAGAAUUCCUUGAAGCUAUUUGAGAAAGUUCGAGUUUGGUUCGAGGAAGCAAAAUCUCAACCAACCAUUAUAAGGGAGACAACAAAGAUUGAUCUCCCAAAGCCAAAAGAGUUCAAGGGCGUGAGGGACGCUCGAGAGGUGGAUAAUUUCCUAUGCCAAAUGGAGAUGUACUUUGAAGGUCAAGGGGUGGUCGAAGAAGUAAUAAAGGAUGUUGAUGAGGCCAUCGUGGUGGUCGAAUCACUCACUGAGUAUCAUAGGAGAGACUCUAAACCCAAGUCUUCCUCUAAACCUAGUUCUACUAAAGGUGGGGGAGACAAGGAAAAGAGUUUCUCAACCAAGAAGGAAGAAAAAUACUCUUCAAAGAAAGAGUACGAGGAAAAGAAUAAGGCUUUCGUGCCCAAAGGAGGAUGUUUCGUGUGCAAGGGACCACACCAAAUGAAGAACUGUCCCAAGUUAGGGACUUUGGCAUCUAUCGCCGAGGAACGAGAAGCUCAAACUCAAGUAACUGAGUGUGUUGGAUCUAUCCAACACAUAAAUGCUGUGAAGGGCAAAGAAGCAAGUACUGCAGAAAAGAAAGGCUUGAUGUAUAUCAAAGCCUUUAUCAAUGAAAAACCUGUCAUGGCUAUGAUCGACAUUGGUGCUACACACAACUUCAUCACGCCUGAUGAAGCAAAGAGGCUUGGGUUGAAAAUCACCGAAAAGAAUGGUUGGUUCAAACCCGUGAAUACCAAGGGUGAACCCCUUAAGGGAGUAGCAAAAGGGGUUGAGACGACUCUUGGUUCUUGGAAGGGCCUUUUGGAUUUCUCAGUAGCACCCAUGGACGAUUUUAAAAUAGUCAUCAGGCUCGAUUUGCAAAGGAAGGCAAAUAUAAUACCUAUGCCAUACUAUGACGUAGUAUGUGUCAUGGAGAAAGGGUCUCCAUGCAUGGUCCCUACAGUCUCUAAAGUUGGCGGACCACCGAUACUGUCUGCUAUGAAACUCAAGAAAGGGUUCAAGAAGGGAGAGAUUACAUAUUUGGCUCUAUUACACGAAGAGUCAACAUCCGAAAGAGAAGACGUUCCUCCCAAAAUCAAGGAAGUCCUUGAAGAGAAUAAGGAUGUGAUGCCUCCCGAGUUGCCAAAACAACUACCACCUAGGAGAAAGGUGGACCACAAGAUUAAAUUGGAGUCAGGAGCAAAGCCGCUCGCUUUAACACCUUAUAGGAUGGCACCGCCAGAACUCAAGGAGUUGAAGAAGCAACUCAAGGAUUUGCUAGAUGCUGGGUUUAUCCGUCCAUCGAAGGCACCUUAUGGUGCACCAGUCUUGUUCCAAAAGAAGCAUGAUGGUUCAUUGAGAUUAUGCAUCGACUAUCGAGCACUGAACAAGGUAACCAUCAAGAACAAAUACCCCAUUCCUUUGAUAGCUGAUUUGUUUGAUCAACUUGGUAGAGCCAAGUGGUUCUCAAAGCUAGAUUUGAGGUCAGGAUAUCACCAAGUGAGAAUUGCCAAUGGUGAUGAGCCUAAGACCAUGUGUGUCACGAGGUAUGGAUCGUAUGAGUGGUUGGUGAUGCCUUUUGGCUUGACCAAUGCUCCUGCGACUUUCUGUACCUUGAUGAAUGAGAUCUUUCAACCUUACCUUGAUCGGUUUGUAGUGGUCUACUUGGAUGAUAUUGUUGUCUAUAGCAAUACCUUGGAGGAACAUGCAGAACACUUACGAACCGUAUUUAAGAUCUUGCGAGAGAAUAACCUAUAUGUGAAGAAGGAAAAGUGUUCCUUUGCAAGGGAAGAAGUCAACUUCUUGGGACACAUCAUUAAAGAUGGAACUCUCUGCAUGGAUCAAGGAAAGGGAUACUCAGCCGAGGCCGCACCAUUAACUGAUCUUCUCAAGAAGAAUCACUCUUGGGAAUGGUCAAAAGAGUGUCAAAAGGCUUUUGAUGAGUUGAAGGCUGCUAUCACAGAAGGACCAGUACUAGCACUACCCGACUACUCAAAGGAGUUUGAAGUCCACACUGAUGCUUUUGACUAUGCUAUUGGAGGAGUUCUGAUACAAGAAGGACAUCCUAUUACCUUUGAGAGUCGCAAGUUGAAUGAUACAUAG